AAACCUCCUCGGAUUAUUCCGAGUACUGAUCCUUAGGUCAUGCUUCGUAGGGUCUUAUGGCUACCGGUGAGGGUCCGCCAACUGAAGCUUCUGGGUCAGCGCUUUUUGGCUACCGAGGCUCAAAAUGAGACAUCUCUCAUUAGAAAUAUGGCGCUGGUCGCCCACAUUGACUCUGGGAAAACUACGCUCACGGAGUCCAUCCUGCACAAGUCGGCCUACCUAGCAGCUCCUGGCUCAGUCGACACUGGCAGCACUACCACAGACUUCUUGCCUGCUGAACGGGAACGCGGUAUCACAAUCCAAUCCGCGAGCAUUCCAGUCAAAUGGGACAAAUGGGCUUUCAAUCUCAUAGACACACCAGGUCAUGCUGAUUUUGGUAUGGAGGUGGAGAGCGCAAGUCGCAUUGUUGAUGGAGCUGUCGUCCUCAUUGAUUCAGUGGAAGGAGUCGAAGCACAAACCAAGGGCGUUUGGCGACAACUGGAUAAAUAUGGUGUCCCUACCAGGCUUAUGUUUCUAAAUAAACUGGACCGACCGGGUGCUUCUUUCAGGUCAUCGUUGGUCUCUCUACUCACCCAUAGACUGCACCCAAACCCCAUGACUUUAGCAUUGCCAAUUGCUUCAUUCCAUGUUGAAGAUUACAUGCGAGCUGAACCCGGCAUCCAAGGGCUGGUAGAUCUGGUAAAAUGGGAAAUUUGGAAAUGGACGGAAGAUGGUGACUCUGCCAUACAACCCCUUCCUAGAACAGUCGAAGAACUAGCAAAAAGCGGCAUCCUUCCGGCAAACCAUCCAAUACUACCGCAUCUUGUGGCCGCACGGACAGUGCUUUUGGAAAACCUCUCGAUGUACUCCGACGAAUUGAUGGAGCAUCUACUUGCUCUGCCGCCAGGACCUUCAUCGUAUCUUGAUGUCGAGACGUCUGCAAUCAUGCCACAUCUUCGUAAAGCUACACUAAGCAAUGAGAUUCUCCCCGUUCUGUGCGGCUCUGCGAUGAGAAGUAUUGGAACAGAAUUGGUAAUGAACUACGUUGGCGAGCUCCUGGCAAGUCCGAUGGACGUUCGGUUGGACGCGGAGUCAGCUGACGGACCGCUGCGGCUCCUAGCAUGGAAAGUGAGCUGGGAUAAACGCAAAGGGUGGAUGACGUUCGUUCGCGUGUAUUCUGGAACCCUCAAGCGCCAGAGCUCUGUGUUCAACGUGACCAGCGGCCAGAAAGAGAAAAUUUCCAAGGUUCUUCUCCUAUACGCGGCGGAAGCACAGGAAGUCGACUCCCUGCCUUACGGCUCUGUCGGAGUCAUAUUGGGCUUGAAGUUCACUCGCACAGGCGACACUCUCGUUGACGCUCGUUGCUCGUCUAACACAUCCCUUCGAGGAGUCGUACCACCACCCGCAGUUAUGUCGGCCUCUGUUAUUCCCAAGUCCCACUCCGAUCUUGACCCCGUACAGGAGGCCUUGUAUGCUUUAUCUCGGACUGACCCUUCCGUUCGGGUAGAUAUGCAGGAAGGCCAAUUACUCGUCCACGGAUUAGGUGCCCUGCAUCUCGAGAUCGUCGAGGGGAGACUACGAGAUGAAUGGAAUGUUAAUUUUGAACUGGGAAGCCGCCGUGUCAGCUAUCGCGAAUCUCUGGGACCCGGGCCCAGCUCCGACGUAAAUCAUUGGGCUACUGAAAUUGCGGGAAAACAAGUCACUAUCAAAAUCCUGAUGACGGUGGAACCUCUCGCUAACGACGAGCAGGGCGAUCCGGUCUGGGAUGGUAACCUUGUCUUGGGUCCAAGUGGAAAGCCCUUGCCAUCUCCAGAUGCCUUCCGGGAUCAACUGGACCCCAUGGCCAAUAUCGCUCGGGGCUUGUCUAGCUCUCUAUCAAAUUCACCACAUACCUCCCUACCGCUCUCUCAUAUCAAGAUCCAUGUUACAGAGUACAACCUUCCUCGUGACAUUCCAACGUCUAUUCUUGCCGGUGCUAGUUCCUCCAUUCUGCGGACUCGAAUACGGGAAGCAGGAAUAGGUCCUGUAUUAGAGCCAUUCAUCAAGCUCAAGAUCUCCCUUCAUGAGGACACCAUGGGAAAGGUUGUUAAAGAUCUCACUGAAAACGGUGGCGAAGUUUUGGACCUUGCUUCCGACACAUCAGCUAUAGAUGGAGACGACGAAGCAGUUGCGUAUUCGAUGGACGGAUUAUACAUUCCUCCAGAAGAACUAUCGCCAUCAUCCGCCGCCUCUACAACAUCCAAAUUCUCAAGCGACACACCACGGCUCAAGCGCACCAUCCAUGCAGUUGCACCGCUUAGCCGCAUGCUGGAUUAUUCAACUCGGCUUCGUGCUUUGUCUGGGGGACAUGGUCUCUACGACAUGCUGAGCGCAGGAUUCAGACCAGUCUCUGACUUACGUAGAUUGGAGAUAUUAAGAGAAAUAGGGCGCGCAUAGUAUCAUUGAUUGAGUACAGAUAUAUCCAAUAGAACAAUGUAAUCACACUACGAAAACUCCCUCACCUCAUCUGCAUCCCCGAAUAAUACCGCACCAUCCAUUUCAUCA